UUAUUCUUACAACAAAAGAGGAUUGGUUCGCUCGCUGCUGGAUCUAAAUCUUAUUUUAGUAAUAGUUUUUUUAAUAUUUUUAAAAUGUACGAAAAGAGAAUAAUAUUCAGAGACUUGGAGAAGAGAGAAAGACAGAGAGAGAGAGACAUUAAAGCUAAGAAAAAGACAAAGAGGAAGAAGAGAAGAAUCAGAAGAGAGACAGAAAAGGUUAAAAAAAGACUUGAAAAAAAAAUCUCUCUCUUUUGUUGGAGUGUUCUUUUCUCACAUCUCUCAAACAAGUCUUCCACUGUUUCGCUUCUUCUAGAUCUUGUUGAGGAGAGUGUGAACUGUGAAGUGAAUGAAAAAAUGCAGCACAACAGCUUUUUCCUGGGGUGCAAUCACUUAAACCGUGACAUUACUACAGAUGCGAGAACCGGCUAUCGUUUGUAUCCUGUACAGGACAUUGAUUGGGUCUUAGACAAUAGAUACGGAUCAAAUGUGAAUGUUGGUGAUACAUUCUCUGCAUUGUGUGGCGAUCUUUAUGUUAAACAGUUGAAGGAAACACUGAAGCACACCAUGCUUGUACAAGAAUCCGUCUUUGAAAGCCAGAUCCAUGAGCUGCAUCGUCUCUAUCAAAGGCAGAAGGAACUGAUGAUGGAAAUGGAGGGAACUCGACAACACGAGGAGGCCUUGUACCUUAACUCUAGUGUCCCUAGCCCUACAACACACUGGAUGAGCUCAAACGUCUCCACUUAUCAAACUUAUGAAGAAAACAUUCCUAAUCAGACUGAAGCUGCAGAUAAUGUCAAGAAGCCUGAAAAGAUGGUCUUGGAUCUGGAGUUACCGGUUCUAGAGUGUCAUGAUGGAGAGGAAGAGACGAGUCUGAUGAAUGGUGAAGUCCAUGAAGUUGCAAACUCUCUUGAAUCUGGUAGCCAGUCGAAUAAGCUGCAGUUUGAUCUGAAUGAGCCGGCCAAGAGCGAGGAAGACUAUCAGUUCAUAAGUCCAGUCUCAUCGGAUGAGUCUGAUAAAAAGAAUGAGGGAGAAGAAGGUUCAGUAAGGGGCUCCUGCUGGAUGUAUGAAGCGCAAGGUUAUGGAAUUGACUUGAACAUGUCUCCCCUUUCAUCUCUAGAGGAAGUAAAUGUUGUUGUUAAGAAGCUUGGAGAAGAGAAACCUCAAGAGUGUUUAUCAGAGAAGUCACGAGUGUUGGUUCAAGCGCUGCCGUGUUUAAACAGCACUCUACUUUUGAACAAGCCACAUGACUCAUACAAGCCAAGGAAGAAGAAGAAGAAGAAGAAAGUAAGACUUGGUCCAGUUGAUAAAACUUUCAGAGGCUCAGAUCUUGACCUGCACUCAAGUGCUCAAGCCACUACUGAUAAAGGGACUAAAGUAGUUGGGAAGAAGAAACGGAAGAAGAGCAGAAGGAUAUGUCUUGUGAAAGAGGGGAAUUAUAAAGAGAUAUCUGCAGCUGAGGCUAUGGUUGAUAUGUCUAGAAAGUCUGGUCGUGAAGCCUCUGAGUUCAUCACUUACUUGAGCAGAAAAAAUCUACUUAUGUUGGCUGAGGUUUCUUCUUUGGUUGUUGGAGGCUACGAGUUAGACUAUUCUGAGGCAACGACAGAGAUGAAUCUGGAGGACCACAAGAGAAUUCUGAGAUCGAAUACUACUGCAGUUAACAAAACAUCAGUCUCUAGCAUUGUCCUUAAAAAGCAGAAGAGGAGCUAUGCCAAGGGGAAACGCAAAGAUGACCUGCAAGGCACAUUUUCAGAAUGUGAAGCCAGCGAGGAGGAUCUGCAAGUAAAGGUAGAUGAAGUUUCUGACCAAGAAGGGCACUGCGAGUUCCACAAGAAGAAGAGAAGAAGCUCUACUCUUAAACGGACAGAAGGUUUCACUUGGGGAGCCAAGAGUAAGCGAAGACGAGGCUCUAGGAUUCCUGCUGUUGAUUUUCAGCAUAUGAUCAUCAACCAAUAGUAUAAGCCAAAACUAAAGAGAUGACUACAAUACUUACCAUAGUUUGCUUUCUGCUCUUGAUAUGAAUUAGUUGACAGAUUCCUCCCACAACUUCAUUUCCAAGAAUCCAUCCACACAUUCCAUGAAUCAUAAACACGAGUGACACAAUGCGAUAUGUUUCUGAA